UUUAUCCUCAGGAUGCAAGAAUACCUCCCUCUUCCUUUGGAAAGUGCUGAAUCACAAGCAAAGCUCUAAGCCUUUCAGUCAGUUGCUUUGGGGUGCAGCACCAUUUCAGGUUUCAGACAUGCUGAGGGGCGCCCUGCUGUGCCCCGUGCUAGGCCUCCUGUGUGCCCAGCCCUUUCCCUGCCCGCCCGCCUGCAAGUGUGUCUUCCGGGACGCGGCGCAGUGCUCCGGGGGCCAUGUGUCGCGCAUCGCGGAGCUCGCCCUGCCCACCAACCUCACGCACAUCCUGCUCUUCCGAAUGGGCCGCGGCGCCUUGCAGAAGCACAGCUUCAGAGGCAUGACCGUCUUGCAACGCCUGAUACUGUCAGACAGCCACAUUUCAGCCAUCGCCCCCGGCACCUUCAAUGACCUGAUAAAACUGAAAACCCUGAGGUUGUCGCACAACAAGAUCACUCAUCUUCCGGGCGCGCUCUUGGAUAAGAUGGUGCUCCUGGAGCAGUUAAUUUUGAACAACAAUGAACUAAAGGGCAUUGACCAAGACAUGUUUCAGAAACUGCUUAACCUGCGGGAGCUCAUUUUGACCCACAAUCAACUCGUUUCCCUGCCUGCUACCCUCUUCACACAUCUCGGGAACCUGAGAUUGUUGGAUUUAUCGGGAAACAAUUUGACCCACCUGCCCAAGGGAUUGCUUGGGGCACAGGAUAAGCUUGAGAAACUUCUGCUCCACUCUAACCAGCUGGUCUCUGUGGAUUCGGAGCUGUUCAGUAGCCUGCGCGCCCUGAUAGAGCUGCAGCUCCACAGAAACCACAUCCGUUCCAUCGCGCCGGGGGCCUUCGACCGGCUCCGCAACCUGAACCAUCUGACUCUCUCUAGAAACCAGCUCCAGUUCCUGCCCUCUGCACUGUUUCUUCACUCGCACAACUUGAGCUUCUUGACACUGUUCGAGAACCCGCUGGAAGCGCUCCCAGAGGUGCUCUUCGGGGAGCUGGCGGGCCUGCAGGAGCUGUGGCUGAACCGCACCCAGCUGCGCACCCUGCCGGACGCCGCCUUCCGCAACCUGAGCCGCCUGCGGGCCUUAGGGGUGACCCUGAGCCCGCGGCUGAGCGUGCUCCCGGAGGGCGCCUUCCGCGGCCUCGGCGAGCUCCAGGUCCUCGCCCUGCACUCCAACAGCCUGGCUUCCUUGCCCGACGGCCUGCUGCGUGGCCUCCGCAGCCUCCGCCAAGUGUCGCUGCGCCACAACACGCUGCGGACCCUGCCCCGCGCGCUUUUCCACGACCUUCGCAGCCUGGAGGAGGUCCAGCUCGACCACAACCAGCUGGACACCCUGCCCGGCGACGUGUUUGGGGCUCUGCCCCAGCUGGCGGAGGUCCUGCUAGGGCACAAUCCUUGGCGCUGCGACUGUGGCCUGCGGCCGUUCUUGGCGUGGCUGCGGCAGCACUCGAGCCUCGUGGGCCGGGCCGAGCCCCCGCGGUGCCGCGGUCCUGUGCAGCGCGCUGGCCUGCCGCUCUGGGCCCUGCCAGACAGUGACCCGGGGUGCCCAGGCACCUGGAGCCCGCCUCCUCACUCUCCCAUCCCCUCCCGGCGGGCCGUGCCCACGGCCCGGGGUCCCCCUGGCUUGGUGCCUACCAGUUCAGAACCCAGGGCGUGGGCCCAGCCGGUGGCCGCCAGCGAGCAUCAAGACCAUAGUCUGUUCUGGGUUCUUUAUUUUCUGCUUUUAGCCACGCAGGCCAUCAUAACCGGGUUUAUUGUAUUUGCUAUGAUUAAACUAGGCCGGCUCUUCAGAAAAUUAAUCAGAGAGAGAGCUCUUGUUAGAAUCAGUGGGAGAAACUUGGAAUUAAUUAAAACGUGACCAGAGUAUUGUUAGAUGUGGCUCUGGGGAGAAUCCAGCCCGGCUGCCAGUGUCUCCCUUUUUCUUUUCCCUGCGCCUCUUCUCCCUUCUCCAUCCCGCUCUCCGCUCUCCCCUUUCCCACCUCUGUCUUCCACCUCCUCCUCCCUCCCCUUCCACAGAACAGCCUUUACAAUUGUAAAUUCUGACUGCCAGCUUUGCUUUGUACACCCCACACACACCCACACCCACACACUGUGUGCCCCUGGGUGUGGAUUGUGACUGCCCCAUCCGUAAGCCCGCUGUGCCAGGUGGAGAGACGGUCUCUUCAAAGUUUACCAAGGAAGGAAGGGUGCAAAUAAGCCAGGCAACCCCAGGUUAGGGACCAGCUCCUGUGCAUAUAGUAGGUGUCUGGUAAAUGUUUGUGAAAUGAAUGAAUAAAGUGAAUACACAUGGUCCAAGUGAUGGAGACUUUUCCUGAGGGAAAGGAUACAUUGUUCUUAUUAUGUACUGUUAUUUGAAAAAGCAGAACUCUUCCAGUUCUUUCCUUUAUCCUAUUUUUGUCCCUCACUUUCUGUAUCUCCCACCUGUGGGCUAUUAGGGAGAGUGCUGGACUCCAUUCAUUCAAUGCAUAUUUUCAGAGUAGACUUACUUUGUGAUAGGCUGAGAGAGAAAAGAACAUAGGGACUUCCCUCCAGGAGCUCAGCACCCAGUGGCAAACCAGGCAGCCACCCUCAGGGCUGAGCUUAGGAGCGGGAGGAGGGACCACGGGGAGGGCGGGUGGAACAGGUUUGAGAGAGAAGUUAGCAGCUCACCAGGAGGUCUAAGUAUGUGUGUCUGCGCAGAUUUCUGAAACUGCUAGAAGAAUGAAAUAUGUCAUUUUGACACUGGGCUGGUUUUUAUUUCCUGCGACUAAAUGCUACCUCAUUUCACAAGCAUUUAUGGGGCACCUAACAUGUGACAGGUGUCUGUGAAUGUAAUGAGAAGCUUGAGUUCUAGUUUAUUAUGCUCAGAUCACGUUCUCCUGCUGCAGUUGAAAGCAGUAAAACCCUUGAUGCUUUCGCUGGAUGUCCUUGUGAGCACAGGAGUUAAAAGAUGGCCUGGAGAGUUGACUCCCGUGGGCUCAAAUCCCAGCCCCCCCACCACUUACUAACUGCUAGGCCUUGGUGCAAAACACCUCAAUUCUCUAAGCCUGGGCUUCCUCAGCCCAGGAAAGGGAUAAAUAGUAGCUGCCUCAUAGAGUUGUGAGAAUUAGAGGCGUUAAGCUUGUGAUGACAGCCCAGCGCACUGCAUACGCUAGAUACUCAAAUGUUAGCUCUUAUUAAAGGGCAAGCAAUUACCUAUAGUGCUGCUGUCAUGAUUUUUAAAGAAGAGGUCCGAGUUGUUUUUUUCUCUGUGUGUAUAAAAGUGAGAGCCAACUUUCUCAAACUGGACAUUGCACGCAAACCAAUUUGUCUUCACAUGUGGUCGGUCUCCGCCCUGUGUGCUCAGGCUCUGUGCUCACAGUCCAGGGCAAUGGACCCCCUGAGCAACACCAGCUGGAUGGGGGCCAGGAAUUACUGGGUUCCUGGCAUUUGUAGGUGCAUUUCCCCUUCAAGGCCAAGUUUAAAUGUCUCUUCCUGGUAAAGCCUCCCCUGACGACCCAGGCAGACUAGUGUUCCCUGCUGUGUGCCAACCUCUCAGGCUUUCAGGCUCCAGGCACCCUCCCCACCCCAUUGCUCCUGCUCAGCCUUCACUCUGGGGUGUGUGUAUGUUCAUGUGCCUCCUUGUCUUGUUUAUUUCCACUGCUCCAAAGUUUGCAACUACCCAGCAUAAAACCCAGACUUUUUUUUUUUUUUUGAUGGACUCUAGUCCUAUUUAUUCAUUAUGCUCUCAGGUUAGCUACCUAACUCUAAGUGUCCAUUUCCUCACCUGUACAGUGAGGAUAAUAAUGGUCAUGAUCAUGGUUGCAAGGAUGAAAUGAAAUAAUCCAGGCCAAAUAGUUAAGUCGCUGGCUGGUACAUAUGGAGCUCCAUAGAAAUUGGCUAUUUUUAUGAUUAGCUCUUUCAGAACACGCUGUGUUCUAACACGUCUCAGUGCCUUUGCAGAUGUUCAUGCAUUCAGCAAAUAUUUGUUGAGUCCUUCCUCUGUACCAGGCCUCUUCUAAAUGGAGGGAUAGAGCAGUGGAUGAAACAAAAUACGUGAUUCCGUUGGGUUUACAUUUUGGUGUUUCCUCCAACGAAAACAUCUUUUCUGAACUCUUUGCCACUAUCUUUAAACAUUCAGAAAUGUAAGGAGAACAACUGUGGACGCCUCAACCCGCUUUAUAAAAUCUUUAUACCUUGCUAUUAAAUAUUUGCUAUGGAUUUUUUUAAAAACAAUAAAACACAACAGGUGAAGUUGAAGUCUCCUGCACAUAUGUCUUCCGUGUUCUCAUUGCUCUCCUUCUCUUAAAAGUAACCUACUUAAUAAAUUUGGUGUUUUCACAUCCCUAGGCAUGUUUUUAUAGUUAUUACAUGUGUCUACAACUCUGAGCAAGCUGAAGUAAUGCUUUGCCUGUUUUCAAAUUUUAUAUAAAUAAUGCUACUCUGCAUAUAGUUUUUUUUUCUGGGCUAACAUAAUUUUGAGAUUUACCCAUAUGAAGUAUUUGGUUCUAGUUCAUUCAUUUUAAAAGCUACAACAUUAUCUAUUGAAUGAAUAUACAACAAUUUAUCUGUUUUCUUGUUGAUGGAUAUUUAUUCCAGUGUUUUUUCUUUUCUUUUUAUUCCCUAACACUCUGUAUCCUCCCCAACUCUACAUAAUGUCAGAAAUUUUAAUUUCUGUCGGUCUGAAAGGUACGAAAUGCUAACUCGUUAUUGUUUUAUAUUUUAUUUUCCUGAUAACUAGUGAAGUUAAAAUUAUUUUUUUUGUUUGUGGAAAUUCAGAUUUCUUCUUCUGAGAAUUAUCUCUGCAUAUACAUAGACCAAUUUAUAAUGGGGCACUUUGUCUUUUUCCUUUUGAUUUGUAGGAAUUCUUUACAUAUCCUGGACACUAAUCCUCUAAAUUUUGAGUUCUGACAAUUAAGUUUGCAAACUUGUUGCAACAAUGUUGCUAAUGUUUUUUGAUAUCAGAGGGAUUAUUCAUUAUGAAUUUGUACCAA